AUGGCACUUCACCUGUGGUUUAUUGUGGUGAUCCCUGUUUGCUGCUGGGGUCAGGGGUCAGUGGACACAGGGGACAGUGGUGUCUUCCAUCCCCAGAUUGCCCUCAGUGACAUGGAGUUUGCCAGUGUGAGCUUGUACCGUGGCCCUGGAAACACUGACCCUCGCCCCAAUAAUAAGCUGCCCAUUCUUCUGUGGUGGAGCUCCAAUCUGUUCCCACACUUCCCAGGAGUCACCGAGUGUGUGGACUGUGCCCACUCGUCCUGCCUAGCCACAAGCAACCGUAAAGUCCAGCUGAAUCGUCACACGGCUUCCAUUAUUUUGUACGACACAGACUUCCGAGCGUAUGAGGCUCCUCUGGCAUGCUUGACCCAUCAGACGUGGGCACUUUUGCACGAAGAGUCGCCCAUGAAUAACUACUUGCUCUCCCACAGUGUUGGAAUAAGGCUGUUUAACUACACAGUCACGUUCAGGAGGUCAUGUGGACAUCCAGUCAAUCAUUCUGCUAUCCUCAUUGACCAGUUUCACUCUCCACGGGUGCUGGCGGAGACUCUGGAGUACAAAACGCCCAGCAAUCUGGAGGGACUGGAGAGCAGAAAGAGGGGUGUCAACAACAUGAGUGAACCAAACUGA